UAGAGGUUGAACUGAACAAAACAAAGUAGAAAAAACAAUAAAACGAAACAAACAAAAAACAAACAAAUAACAAAUAGAAAACACACACAUAAACUGUAGGGUUUUCAUAAAAAACAACGCAAAUGGGAUUCGGUGCAAAUAAAGUGGUUUCAUACUUCCACGACCAAGAUGUUGGAAAUUUUCAUUACGGACCACUUCAUCCAAUGAAGCCACAGAGAUUAUCAGUAACUCACAGCUUGGUCCUCCACUAUGGGAUGUACAAGAAAAUGCAAGUUUACCGGCCGUACAGAGCAUCAGCUCAUGACAUGUGCAGAUUUCACUCAGAAGACUACAUUGAAUUCCUCCAACGGGUCUCUCCACAAAAUAUUCAAGCAUUCAGUAAAUGUUUAGGCCAGUUCAAUGUUGGUGAUGAUUGUCCUGUGUUUGAUGGUCUCUUUGACUUUUGUUCAAUGUACACUGGUGCCUCUCUGGAAGGUGCUACCAAACUAAAUCAUGGAAGCACAGACAUUGCAAUCAACUGGUCUGGAGGGCUUCAUCAUGCCAAGAAAUUUGAAGCAUCUGGGUUUUGUUAUGUAAAUGAUAUAGUAAUUGCUAUAUUGGAACUCUUAAAAUACCACCCUCGCGUCUUGUAUAUUGACAUCGACAUUCAUCAUGGCGACGGCGUUCAAGAAGCCUUUUACCUCACAGAUAGAGUGAUGACUGUUUCCUUCCACAAAUAUGGAAACUAUUUCUUUCCGGGAACAGGGGACAUGUAUGAAAUCGGAGCUGAAUGUGGUCGUUACUAUUCCGUGAAUAUCCCCUUAAAAGAAGGAAUUGAUGAUCAAAGCUAUUUGCAAGUAUUUAAGCCAGUCAUUCAGUAUGUGAUGGAGUUUUAUCAACCGACUGCCAUUGUUCUUCAAUGUGGUGCGGAUUCUUUAGCCAAUGAUCGGCUAGGGUGCUUCAACCUCAGCACAAAAGGACACGGGGAGUGCGUCAAAUUUGUAAAAGAUUUCAAUGUUCCACUAUUGGUACUGGGAGGCGGAGGAUAUACAUUAAGGAAUGUUGCUCGAUGUUGGACGUAUGAAACUUCAUUACUGGUAGACGAAGCUAUAAGCAACGAGUUACCUUAUAAUGAAUAUUUUGAGUACUUUGCUCCGGAUUUUUCUCUGCAUCCCGAUGUUGUUACUCGUCAAGAGAAUGCUAAUAGUAAGCAAUACUUGGAAACCAUAACGAAGACUAUCCAUGAAAAUUUACGGAUGAUUGAACAUGCACCUAGUGUUAUGAUGCAAGACGUUCCUCCGGACCUGUUAAACUUUGAGGAAACAGAGGAACUAGAUCCUGAUACUCGCCUGCAUCAAGAAGAAGAAGAUAAAAGAAUCGAACCAGAUAAUGAAUAUUAUGAUGGAGAAAAGGAUCAAGAUAAAGACAGUGCCACGGCAGAUUCCUGAACUCUCAUUCCCAGUUACCCCUCUCAUUCGUAAUAAAGGCUGCGAUCAAUUAU